CCUUUAUCCGGGACUGACCGCCCGGCAGAUCCUCUCUUCACCAUUCUCCCCGACUCUCUCCCCCCUAUUCUUACACAAGUUGCCAUCAUGAUCUCUGCUGUGCUGAGCGUCGGCGUCUUCCCGGCGGCCUCUUCCGUCGGCAAUGCGCAGCUCCAACAGUGUGCUGCCAUUCUCGAGCAGGGGAUCUACGAGCGCUUCCUGGUCGCAGACUCGAGCCUCAGCCAAGAGGCCUUCCACACUACCAUGUGCAACACCCAGAUACAAUCCGUCAAGAAUAUCGGCGGCGGUUCUUGGGGCGUCCACAUCAUUUUGCCCUUCGAGGGCAUUCCCAUCUCGCUUGGAUCAACGCUGGGUGAUGCUCAGACCAAGCUGAAGAACUACCAAAACAUCAUGUGCACGGGAGAAGCCAAAAAAGGGUCCGUGUAUGGGGCGCGUGACGUGUGGGUGGACCUCAUCAGUCCGACGUCUCUUCAGGUACGGUCAAGAGAGAGAAUCAGUGUCGAGCUUAUCGUCGUGAUCUGUGAUGUCUGCUGUUGGCCAGGCUUUUACCAAGUGCCUUGAGGCGUUCGACAAAGGCGUUGUGUACUCGACUGAUUAUAUCGGCCAGGACGCUGUGAAGAUCGAGUUUGCGGUAAGGGACGGCUUAUUUGGCAUCAUUAGGUACUACGGCUUCCGCUACGAGCCUGCCUCUGCCAACGUCACCUGCGACGUCGGGGGCUGGAUCGCCAGCAUACCCCGACGAAGAACGUCGGGGCUGGAGCUUACGAAGAACGAUAAGUGGCAGACGGUGGUUUGCAGCCGGCCUGAGGGAGAGGUGAGGCCCAUACACAUCCUGGUCAUGCUGAACGUUGGCACCUUCAUAGCCACGAUCCCCAGGAAGAGUGUGCCAAAGACGGCUCUGCAGAGAUUGGUGGACAUCGAGAAGAAUGGAGCGGGAGAUGGCUACAUGCUGCUCACACCUUUUGGCUGCCUGCUUGUGUGUGUGGGGGUGGUGGUGGUGGUGGUGGGGGUGGUCGAUCGCUAGAGAGACGCUGAGCGGCUGCGACGCUUCUUGUCUGUCUGCUUGAAUGUGUGGGUCGGAUGGCUGGCCGGGCUCGCGUGCCUUUGCCUGUUCGUCUGUCCCCGGACGUCUGGCGUGUGGGUGUCUGUGCGUCGACGAAGUGUGGGUGCGCUGGAUGAAGAUAGAUAUUUUUCGUUGCACUACUUUGUAAGUGCCGCGAGGCUGGAGGCCUCAGCAAUCGAUCUGCAAUCCGCGUGUCGAUUGACUUAUCUGUGUGAGGGAGUUUUAUGGAAGCUGGCUGGUUGGUGAUUGACUGACUGACGGACGGUCGUGUACGGGGCACACUAGCGCAGCCUCUUAUCUCCCUUUGUGUGACGGUGAGCGAUGUGUGAGUACGGGCUGCGUGUGUGUCUUUGUGAGAGUGUUUUCCCUCCAAGUGUGAGCGGUGUGUCUUGAGAAUGUGCUCGAGAAACGAUUGUUGCAUGCGAGACA